GCCUCACUCACGUUGCGAUUCGUUGUGCAGAGGACUUCUUCGCCUCUUCUAGAUACGCUUAUAACAUCGAAACUACGAGAUCGGAUAUAUAAAGAUAAAACAGCAUAAAAAUGGCCAAGGCACCCGCAGUUGGUAUCGACCUGGGAACGACGUAUUCUUGUGUUGGUGUUUUCCAGCAUGGAAAAGUCGAGAUCAUUGCCAAUGAUCAGGGUAACCGUACUACACCGAGUUAUGUGGCUUUCACCGACACCGAGCGGCUCAUCGGCGAUGCCGCCAAGAACCAAGUCGCCAUGAACCCAAACAACACCAUCUUCGAUGCUAAACGACUGAUCGGUCGUCGCUUCGAGGACACGACCGUCCAGGGCGACAUGAAGCAUUGGCCGUUCACGGUGAUUAGCGACGGCAGCAAGCCAAAGAUCCAAGUCCAGUAUAAAGGAGAAACGAAGACCUUCUUCCCCGAAGAAGUGAGCUCGAUGGUUUUGGUAAAGAUGAAGGAGACGGCCGAGGCCUACCUUGGCCAGACCGUCACCAAUGCCGUGAUCACCGUACCCGCUUACUUCAACGACUCGCAGCGUCAGGCAACCAAGGACGCCGGUACCAUCUCGGGUUUAAAUGUGCUGCGAAUCAUCAACGAACCCACCGCCGCAGCCAUCGCCUACGGUCUCGACAAGAAGGCCGUGGGUGAGCGCAACGUCCUUAUCUUCGAUCUGGGCGGUGGUACCUUCGACGUCUCCAUCCUCACCAUCGAGGACGGUAUCUUCGAAGUGAAGUCGACGGCCGGUGACACGCAUCUUGGUGGCGAGGACUUUGACAAUCGCAUGGUCAACCACUUCGUUCAGGAAUUCAAGCGCAAAUACAAAAAGGACCUGCUGUCGAAUAAGCGCGCCCUGCGUCGUUUGCGCACGAGCUGCGAGCGUGCCAAGCGCACCCUCUCCUCCUCGACCCAGGCGAGCAUCGAGAUCGAUUCCCUUUACGAAGGAAUCGACUUCUAUACGUCCAUUACCAGGGCCCGCUUCGAGGAGCUGUGCGCCGACCUCUUCAGAGGCACUCUCGAGCCUGUGGAGAAGUCACUUCGCGACGCCAAAAUGGACAAGGCGCACAUUCACGACAUCGUCCUUGUUGGCGGAUCGACACGUAUUCCCAAAAUCCAAAAGCUCCUCCAGGACUUCUUCAAUGGCAAGGAACUCAACAAGUCCAUUAACCCUGACGAGGCUGUAGCUUACGGAGCUGCUGUCCAAGCUGCCAUUUUACACGGUGACAAGUCCGAGGAGGUCCAGGAUCUUUUGCUCCUUGACGUUACACCCCUCUCUCUUGGUAUCGAAACUGCUGGAGGUGUCAUGACAGCUCUUAUCAAGAGAAACACCACCAUUCCCACCAAACAAACUCAGACGUUUACAACUUAUGCCGACAAUCAACCUGGUGUGCUCAUUCAGGUAUACGAGGGUGAGCGUGCUAUGACUAAAGACAACAACCUUCUUGGAAAAUUCGAGCUGAGCGGUAUCCCACCAGCGCCACGUGGUGUCCCUCAAAUCGAAGUGACAUUCGACAUCGAUGCCAACGGUAUUCUCAACGUCUCGGCUGUAGAUAAAUCCACCGGCAAGGAGAACAAGAUCACCAUUACGAACGACAAGGGACGUCUCAGCAAAGAGGACAUCGAGCGAAUGGUCAACGAAGCGGAAAAGUACAGGAACGAAGAUGAGAAGCAAAAGGAAACCAUCUCCUCGAAGAAUGGCCUCGAGUCCUACUGCUUCAACAUGAAGACCGCUGUCGAGGACGAGAAGAUCAAGGACAAAAUAAGCAGCUCUGACAAACAGACGGUCCUCGAUAAAUGCAACGAGAUAAUCAAGUGGCUCGACGCCAAUCAGCUGGCUGAUAAAGAAGAGUACGAGCACAAACAGAAGGAACUCGAGGGUAUUUGCAAUCCCAUCAUCACCAAGUUGUACCAAGGCUCGGGAGGUGCCCCACCAGGCGGUAUGCCCGGUUUCUUCAAUCCAGGUGGCGCUCCAGGAGCCGCUCCAGGCGCCGGAGCAGCUCCCGGAGGUGGCAGUGGCCCAACCAUCGAAGAAGUUGAUUAAACAGCCGCGCUCUCUAAGAUGGAUAAACGAAAAAUACAAGUCGGCAGAAGAAAAAAAAAAUAGCACUGAAUAUCUUCGUACUAUCGAGCAAAAAAAAAAAAAA